CAGAUCCGGUCAAUUGCGGUGGGCUAGGCUAGGACAAACAAGGCCCUUGAAUACCAAGACAAAUCAGUGCGGCGGCAUGUUUGCGACUGGCUUUGAAAGAUACCGCCUUGCGUUGUGAUUCCUCGGAUUUGCCGUCAUCGCUCUUGCACCGUCUCAAUCGUCUUUUUGGUUGUGCUAGUUUUUGGACAUCGGCGCGCCCAUCAACGCGAUCCGCUUUUCCGGUCUAGCCUCUUCUAGCUCCUUUGCUGACGUCUUCAGUCGACUGCCGACAUUGAAGCAAGGAAUAAAUCUCAAAACCACCAUCCCCCCGCCUCCGCCCUUUGAACGCGACAAUUCCCAUCAAAUCAAAUCCCAUUUGCUUCUGUCCUGCGUCCCUAUCCGGAGAAAUUCUUACACCAGCCAAAUCUACCCGCCCAGGCAGCGCAUCCUAGUCGCACACCUCAAACCGAAUAAACCGUCUCCUCGACUGCGACCUACCGCUGUUCACAGCACCCGACCUAACCCAAGUCAAUUCUCGGCCGAGCCUUCAUAAUGCAUCGCACGUUCUCCAUGCGCCAUUCCAGGGCGCCCACUGCAUCCCAGUUGCAGAACCCCCCUCCACCUCCUUCAAGCACCAAAUCAGGCCGUAUAUUUGGGCGCGGCGCAUUCGGCCAUGCACUUCGCAGGAACGCAGCAGGCGCCUUCGGGCCCGACCUGGCCAAGAAGCUGUCGCAGCUGGUGAAGAUGGAGAAGAACGUUAUGCGCAGCCUAGAGCAGGUCGCGAGAGAGCGCAUGGAGGUGGCUCAACAAUUAUCACUCUGGGGCGAGCAUGGCGACGAGGAUGUUUCGGAUGUGACCGACAAGCUAGGCGUGCUUCUAUACGAGAUCGGCGAGCUUGAGGAUCAAUAUGUCGAUCGCUAUGACCAAUACCGCCUGACUAUGAAGAGUAUCAGGAAUAUUGAGGCUUCAGUCCAGCCAAGUCGAGACCGCAAGCAAAAAAUUACCGACCAAAUCGCUCACCUCAAAUACAAGGAGCCCAACUCGCCUAAGAUUGUUGUUCUAGAGCAGGAGCUUGUUCGUGCAGAGGCCGAGUCACUGGUAGCAGAGGCUCAGUUGUCCAACAUUACACGCGAGAAGAUCAAAGCCGCAUACGCUUACCAAUUCGACGCCCUGCGCGAGCACUCAGAAAAGGUUGCAAUCAUCGCCGGCUACGGAAAGCAUCUACUCGAGCUCAUCGACGACACGCCAGUCACACCUGGAGAGACCCGUGCAGCCUAUGACGGCUACGAGGCGAGCAAGGCUAUCAUUCAGGACUGCGAAGAUGCACUCACAGGCUGGGUAACACAGAACGCCGCAGUGAGCUCGAAGCUGUCGACCCGUGCCCGAACAUUGUCGACGCGCAGGCGCAACCAUAUCAAGGCUCGUGCUGAAGGCGGCCAUGACCUGUCGGCGCAGGAUGCCCCGCUCAACGAGCAGGGUUCCUGGGUCCAGGGCUCGAACGUUCGUGGUCAAGAUGAGUUUGACGAUGAUGAGGACGAACUCGAGGACGAACGUGACAGCUCUAUCCUCGACAGUGAGCACGGUCUCAAUGGCGAGCGGGAGCGUCGUGGAAGGUCCCAGGAAGCCGUUCUCGCCUAGUCGACUUAUAUGAAGGCGUAUGAACGCAACUUCAAACGUGAUCAUGAUAUGGGGCAGAGCUCCUCCUUUCGUUCAUCAUAAUAAGUACCUAAUGAUCAAGCUAGGUGGUGACAGAAAUGGGCGUCAAAACAGCAGCUCAUGUGGACGCAGUGUUCGAUUCACAGCAUUUUUGUUUCUUGGUGAGAUAAAGCUCGAGGGUGUUCAUCAUUUGGGGUAAAUGCAAGGAGCCGAUGGAUUGCUUUGCUUAUGCUUUGUUGUUUUUUGCUUUCGGUUUCAAUCGCUCCUAUCUUAACAACUUUAAAUGUUCUUCAAUAGUGUGUACCUGCAUAGGGUAAUUAUAUUUUAGUCGUCAAGUGUGUUGUGUCUUCCUCAAGCUGAUCAAUAUUGACAUCGCUUAUUUCAUUGAGUGGGCAUCACAGUUGCGUUAAUCCUCUUGGACACUCUUCUGCCACAAAUAGUGUCGACUCUGGAUUAUCCCAAGCCCUACCAACCAUUCAAACACGCUCACUCCCGAAGGAGAGCAUGCAUGAUUUCUUGAGUUGGGUAUCCGGCUAUAACAAACCAGCCAUGUCUCCUUCAUACCAGAGGGAUUGACCUUUCCUGGCAGCAGCCCUCAGCUGGCUUGCAAACUCUUCCACCUCAAUCUUGACGAUGUGCUCCCCCGGCACGACGAUGAGACCGAGAUAUCGCGAGGUCAUCCCCAGCGUCAUCUUGUCGGCGUCGGCGUCGGCUUCACCCGCGUCCUUUGCCGCCGCGACCUUCUUGGCGUGUGCGGCAACCUGCUCUGGUGUCGGGUGGCGGUACUCAUGAGCAUGAGCGAGGAUCAAGUUGCGGUCCGGAUCUGUGCACUUGAACACGCCGUAAAACAUGCGCGUGUCAGUGGUGGUGACCCGAAGGUACUUGUUUAGAAGCGAGGAGAGGAAACCGAUGGCCUCCUGCUCGUCCAUUAUGAUUUCUUGCUUUUUUUCUUGGAAAAGAGAACCUUAUCGGGGAAAGUUGAAUGAAAUUGUACCGGUAAUCCUUAGGGCUGAUGGCAGGCUGUCGCAGCAGAGUCGCCUUACAGUUUACCCAAACUUGAACAGGCCACGGCAUAAG